CACUGGGACUGGAGAUGUAAACUUCACCAGAUAUGAGACUCAACUUCAUAUGUAAAGCAGCUCUGCAGAAGACAGUCACUGGAGGAGCCUGAUCUGGGAACAGUGUUUAUAACAGUGACGGGUGUGUGUGUGUAUCAGCGAUGGCCGCGCCGUUUGUUCCGGUUCCGGUUCCGAUAGACCGAGCCCCGCGGAGAGCAGCCGUCUCAGUGCCGGACCGAAGCCAGAGUCCCGUGACCCGGGCCAGACUCAGCGGCUGCGAGCGAUCCGUGCAGUUCUCCAGCUCGCCGAACCCCGACUCCAGCUCUCCUCAUCUGGACUCCAGCUCUCCUCAUCUGAACUCCAGCUCCCCGAACCCCGAGAGCGCGCCGGAGAGCCCGGGUCACUGGCAGGACCGGCCCAUCACACCCACGGUUCUGGGAUACGAGGUGAUGGAGGAGCGGGCCAAGUUCACGGUCUACAAGGUUCUGGUGAGGAAGACUCUGGACGAGAGCUGGGUCGUGUUCAGGCGCUACACUGACUUCUCCAGACUCAACGACAAGCUGAAGGAGAUGUUCCCCGGGUUCCGACUCGCUCUGCCUCCCAAACGCUGGUUCAAAGACAACUACGAGACGGACUUCUUGGAGGACCGUCAGCUGGGCCUUCAGGCCUUCCUCCAGAACCUCGUGGCCCAUAAAGACAUCGCCCACUGUGUGGCGGUUCGGGAGUUCUUGUGUCUGGAUGAACCGCCCGGCCCGUUCGACAGUCUUGAGGAGAGUCGGGCGUUCUGUGAGACUCUAGAGGAGAGCAACUACAGGCUUCAGAGGGAGCUUCUUGAAAAGCAGCGAGAGAUAAACUGCUUGAAGAAAACACUGGAAGAGAAAGAGCGGCACAUCCAAACACUGGAAGGCGGAAUCAACGGUGCGGUCCUGACCCCUGAGAGCCCGUGUGUGUCGGGCAGUGACGGCAGUGUGGACGUCGAGUCUUCGGCUGCUGAGGCCGAUCAGGAGCUGCUGGAGGAAAAGCAGUGUGCGCUGCAGUCGUCUCAGAGCUCAGUGUGUUGGUGUGGUCCUGCCGUCAUCAGCUCUUCUCCUCCUGUGAUCCAGGUCACUCCUCUAGAACACUAACAUCUCCUUCACUGUGUUCCUGUGGACGGAGGAGUCAGCUCAGCCCAAAGACACACACACACACACACACACACACACACACAGCCGGCAGGAUCGCUCAGACAAUCACACUGACACUGGGUUCGGCCGCGGCUGGAGGAGCAUCUCAGGGUCACGUCUAGGUUUUAUUUCUGGUUUUUGAUGUGUAAAUGAGUGAGACACACACACACACACACACACACACGUGACUCUUCGGUUUGUCUCUGUGAUGACGAGACCCUCACACACACACACCCACAUACACACACACACACGUGACUCUUCAGUCUGUCGAGCGGUUUUCACAUGACAUCACUCCACAGAUCACAUGUUCCUGCUCAUUCUGUGCAUUUCAGGUCAUAAUCGUAGUUAAAUGCUGCUAGUGUGUGUUUAGGUCACUGAAGCCAUAUUUCCUGGUGUGUGUGUGUGUGUGUGUGUUGAUCACAGCGAGGCCUGAAGCUCCAAAUCAUGCACUUUACGUCCUGAGGGAUUAUGGGAUAGAUGCUUCUACACUACUUGAUGAAAUCAUGUCCAAACACCACGGUAAAGUCGUGUGCCUUCCCACACACACACACACACACACACACACACACACACACACACACACACCAUGAGUUUCACUGAUGACACAGUGCCUUGCGUCUUUUCCCUCAGCAGAAUUUUAUGUAUUUAUAUGACUAACGUUAGAAUGGGCUUCGCCGGGUUGAAGGUCCAGGUGUGAGUGA